UGGUCACCAUGAGACCAGAUUGGCCUAAGUACUGUAGUAAAUACUACACAGUGGAUUUUUAUAGGACCACAUACUCCUGGGCAAUUACACCACUAGGAAACAUGGAAGACUGGCCUGAGUGUGAAGGAGUAAAGAUCAAACCUCCACAUUUGCUUAGAGAACCAGGCAGGCCUUGUGUCAACAGGAAGAGGUCCUGGACAGAGAUGAACCCCGAGAAGAAAGCGAGACACUGUCGUAAGUGUGGUGGUUCGAGGCACAACAGCAGAACAUGUAAAGGUGGUGAGGUUGGAUCCAACCCCAAGGGAAAGAAAGCUAGAGUUGAAUGCGAGGUGAAUGGAAGUUCAUUUACAACCACUACCUCAAAACCAAAAAAGAUUCCCACUGGAACCAAGAUCAGAAGGAGCAGAGCAAGUGAUUCUGGUAAAAAGACAACCUCAAGGACUGCUUCAUCUUCUGAAACUGUUAAAAAGACUACAUCAAUUGCAACAACUAAGCCAGAAGGAAAACAACCAAAGCCUAAAACUGCUGCUACAUCAUCUAGUGUGAAUGUGUCCAUCAGAAACAUCAACAAGGGCCCUGUGAAGCAGACCAUUAACAAUUUCAACUAUGAUGCAGGUUCAAAGAGGCAGAGGAAGCCUACAGUCCAGUUUGAUUUGUAAGCUUGAUCAAUGUUCAUUUUGGUGUUUAAAUUCGAUUUAAUCUGUGUGAGAAGCAACUGUUGAGAUAGUGUGUUGGACCAAUGUUAAAUUAUCUUUGGUUAAAUGUUUGACAGUACUACUAGAACUAGCCUAACUAGUCUUUUGUUCUUUCUGUGUUAACAUCUCAAGAUUAUAUAAAGACA